UACUUUUUAACAACAAACAGCCGAUUUGACUUUUAGGCCAAUAUUAUUUGUGCAAGUCUCGAGUCAUAACUCCAAUUCUUAACCGCCCAAAAUGUUCAAACACUUUGUUAUAACACUUCCUCUAGUAGAAUAUUUUUGACCUAUUCUUACCUUCUUCUAACUAUGUUUGAUCAUUCCUCUAACUUUCUUCACACAAUUUUUUCCCCAUAUUUUACUUCAUAACUUCCCUCCUUUAGUCACCCCAUUUUCCCUUCUAUUCUUCCUCACAAUUGCACAAUAUAAUGCUUGUUCAUCUACUCCAUCGUCGAGUUUUGUGCAUGUUAGUGAUCUUGGCCAGCAUCACUUCAUGUUUGCAUACACAAGUAUUGGGAAGUCGUCGCGGUAGAUAUCAACUUAUGGAGAGAUCAGCAGCAGUAGUAGAUCACGCUACUCAUCAGAAACAACCACAACAAGAAGAAAGAGUGUCAAAUGAUGAGAUUAACGUUGACAACUUUAAGAGUCGUUGUAGUAGUAAUACUACUUCAUCUGAUUUUGAAGGUUUUGUAGGAAAUAGUAAAAGAGUUGUUCCAACUGGUCCUGAUCCGUUACAUAAUAGGGAUGAUCAGACGUAGAUGGGUCAAAAGCAAAGGCCACAAACACAAAUCACAAACUUUGUACUAACAUUACACUGUUAAUCGUAGUAUAUGGUUGCUCCACUUUCAUUGAUUGAUAAAUGAUUAAUUAGGUGGGGUUUGAAAAUGACCACUUCAGUAAUUUUGUCAAUUUUGUACAACAGCAAUUAUUUAUACUUGUAUUACUUUGCUAAUUUUUAAAAUAUUUUAUUUUUAA